UUAUUUACUGUUCUGUGUAUGUUAUACAUAUUCUUUGUUUUGAACAUGGAAUGUGAACUUGCUGCUUUGACUACUUUAUUGCUUUUAAAGAGAAUUAAAAUUACAAACAAAAAGAAGAGAAGGCAAAGGCGGUGGAAAGUGAGGUACAUAAAUCGAGAUAGACAGACAAAAGGAUUCUACAUUAGCACCUUCCUCCCAAUGAAGAUACGUGAUCCUAGUCAAUUUUUUAAGUAUACACGAAUGGAUGUAUCAACAUUUACACUACUUUUGAACCGAUUACGCCGUAUCGUACAAGUAAGAAAAAUGAACAAACCAAUAUCAGUGGAAGAAAGACUAGUGGUCACCUUACACUAUUUAAGUCAAGGGUCAUCAAUGCAGACUGUAGCUUGGAAGUUUAAAAUGGGAAAAAGUACAGUGCAUUGUAUAAUAAAGGAAAUGUGCCAAGCAAUAUUUGAUGUUCUUCAUAAUGAUUAUUUACAACCACCUAGAAACGAAGAAGAAUGGUUGUCAAUCGCUACUAGUUUUGAAAAUACUUGGAAUUUUCCACAUUGCCUAGGUGCUUUGGACGGCAAACAUAUUAACAUGAGAGCACCUAAUAAUUCUGGCUCAUUAUAUUUUAAUUAUAAAAAGAAUUUUAGUUUGGUGUUGCUUGCCCUUUGCGAUAGUCAAUACAUGUUUAAAAUUGUGGGAAUUGGAGCAUUUGGAUCUAGUAGUGAUGGUGGGGUUUUUCAAGAAUCAGAAUUCUGUGAGAAGUUACAAACCGAUCAAUUAAGAAUACCAAGAGAUGCUCCAAUACAAGGUUAUAGUAAUCAACAAGAUUUUCCAUAUUUCCUUGUAGCAGACGCUGAAUGUCCUUUAGGACAACAUAUUAUGAGACCAUAUCCAGGUCAUUUAUUGACAGAAGAAAAGGAAAAUUUUAAUAAACGCUUAUCCAGGGCCAGAAGAGUUGUGGAAAAUGGUUUUGGGAUUCUCGCUGCUAGAUGGCGGAUUUUGCUACAAACAAUAAAUGCUGACCCUAAUUUGGUUGAAGCUAUUACGAAAGCCUGCGUAUGUCUACAUAAUUUUUUAAGAGUUAGUUCUCCAGCCUAUUGUCCUCCAGAUUAUGUUGAUAGAGUAGGUGAUGAUAAUGGUGCCUGGAGAAGAGAAUUGUCCCAACCAUUAUCAUCAAUCGGAACUUCAACACACAGAAAUUCUACCCACAGGGCUCUGCAAUUACGAGAUCAACUGGCAUUUUAUUUAAAUGGAGAAGGUGUUAUGCAUUAGUUUGUACCUCGGUUUGUACCUACAUCAG